AAAAAACACGAGCGUUUAUUUUAUGUCAAUUUUUAAGCGGUUUCAGCGUGACAGAGGAUUUGUUUCGAUGGUUUCACCAGCAGAUGUAGCUUGUCAUUGCCUGCUGUUCAUUGUUUUCAUUCAUCUACAGAAGACAGAAUAUAAAGUGAGAGAUAUCAACAAACUGAAUUGUCAUUCGCAAUGUCUUUAUUGUGUGGGCAAGUGUGAGCCGCCUGUUCCAUAAUCGCAGCGGAGCUACGUUUUUUUUUCUGUUGUUUGUUUUCUAUUUCUACUAUGCAUUGACAUUUGGUGCAAUAUUUUAGUGUUUCUAAGUAAAUCAAUAGCAAAAUACGCAAUUUUUAUAUAUUAGUCGAGUUUUAGUAUUGACGAUAUCCAGUGGAAAUAUGGACAAAGAACGAUUUUCAUUGCUGUUGCUUGAACCGAAUGAAAUUUACUUUGAAGAUUUUCUCGUGAACCUGAUUACGGAGAGCCCAUCCGAUGAUAUCAAAGUACCUGAUGAACAGCUGUGCAUUGGCCACCUUAAAAUGUGCUCCAAAUCUAUAGUAUUCGAUCCGAAAGACUUGGAACUGCCACUUAUCAAAAUAACCUACAAAAAUUGUAGUCGUAUCUUCAUAUGGCCGGGCAAAAUCAAUGGCAAAGAAUCCAAUGUACUCGCGGUUUCGUGCAAUCAAUACACUGAAAUGCUCUCAAAAAACGUCGUCGCUCCAUAUACAUUUAAGAUGGAAACACGCACGUUUCUAUUCAAUUUCCAUUAUGCCAAAGUCUAUGAGUAUCUUGAUCAAUUGAGACAAUUUCAUCGAGCAUCGAAACUUCAUGUAUGCGAACAGAACGAUAUGAUUGCGACCAUUGUUUACUCACGUCAUAAGCGUGUCAAAUUUAACCCACUUUGGCUAGACGAUAUCUAUGAAACAGUGCUAGUUGACCACACUGUUGACGAAAUCCAUCCACUCAUUUUGAAUCCAGGACGACUUCUACUAUCCACGAAACGCAUUUAUUUUCAACCGUACAACAAUAUUCAACCGUAUCCAGUUAUCAAAAUCAAUUUGGAGAGUAUAAACAGUUUGAUUUGCAGACGAUUCGUUUUGCAACACAUUGGCCUCGAGAUUAAAUGGUCGGAGAAUGACUCAGAACGCAUACUGUAUGUGUCAUUUCGCAACGAUAAUGAGCGUGAUGAAUUUUAUGAACAAACAAUAUCACAAAGCUGUGUAAAAAUUACGCAGACUGAACCAGAGAGUAUGACACUUAAAUGGCAAAAUGGCAUUAUAUCCAAUUACGAUUAUUUACUCUACUUAAAUAGUUUAGCAGACCGUACCACCAAUGAUUUAACACAAUAUCCAGUAUUUCCGUGGGUGAUUAGUGAUUACUUAUCACAGGAGAUUGACUUGAAUGACCCCAACAGCUACCGAGAUUUGACUAAACCAAUUGGAGCUUUGAAUGAGAACCGACUGAAUCAACUCAAAGAGCGAUGUGAAGAGAUGGAUGAACCAAAGUUUUUAUAUGGAUCUCAUUAUUCUGCUCCAGCUCUCGUACUUUUUUACUUGGCUCGAAAACAUCCGAAAUUAAUUUUGUGCUUGCAAAAUGGCUACUUCGACCAUCCAGAUCGAAUGUUUAAUAAAGUUUCGGACACUUUUCGCAAUUGCCUGCAUAAUAUGGCUGAUUUUAAGGAAUUGAUUCCCGAAUUCUAUGACCUCAACAAAAAAGGCGAUUUCCUCGUGAACAAUAUGAAAAUAAACUUUGGUAAACGAGCCGAUGGAACACCAGUGAAUCAUGUCGCGUUACCACCCUGGGCUGACAAUUCACCAGAGAAGUUCAUUUCAGUUCUCCGCGAAGGCCUUGAAUCGGAGCAUGUAUCGAAAAGUUUACAUCACUGGAUUGAUUUAAUAUUCGGGUAUAAACAGCGUGGCGAAGAAGCAAUCAAAGCGAAUAAUCUCUUUUAUCACUUGUGUUACGAAGGGGCCGUUGAUCUUGACCAUAUCAAUGAUUUAACCAAGCGGCAUGCUCUUGAAGUACAAAUCUCCGAAUUUGGUCAAAUUCCAAAGCAAUUAUUCAAAAAACCACAUGUGCCCAGACUUUGUACUAAUAGGUUUAGAAGGCUGAGCAGUGUUGUGAGUGCAGAUCGCGAGUUUAUUUCCGAUGUUGUCGAUUCAAACGAAGAUCUUCACAACGAUGCAUUCAAAGCGAUAACAUUUUUGGACACGUAUCAAAGUCACAAAGACCUCAUCAGUUCAGUACUCGUCGAUGGUAAUCUGGUUGUCACAACUGGUAAAGAUGGUUUGCUGAAGUGUUAUAACAUGAAGGGAAAAAGACAAGUUAGGAGCGUUUCAAUGGGAAAUAUGCCGUUGAGUGCUUGCAUUAAAAUUCCAAAUCAAAACUCAUUCAUUUUGGGCAGUUGGGAUAAUUCAAUUAUGAUCUACGAUUGUGAUUAUGGCCGAAAAAUCAACGAGAUUCCUGCACACGACGAUGCCGUGUCAUGUCUAUCGUAUAUGGAUGAUGUGGGAGUUUUGGUGUCUGGCAGUUGGGAUUGUAGCGUUAAAGUAUGGAAGGGCUUCGACACCAAACCGUACAGUCUAUCCGAUUCACUCGUUGCAUAUUACUCAUUCGAAGAGAAGGUGAUUACCGUGGAUGCAUUCCAUGUGAAAGAUAUGAUAAAAGUGGUGGUUGGAUUGGCAAGUGGCGAUGUGAUACUAUGGAGACUGAAAACAUCGGGACGGUUGAGUCCCGGUUCGGUCGAAACAAUUGAUACCAAAUUACUAUUUACGCAUGCCGAUGAAGUGACUAGCGUUUCAUUCAAUAAAAAUGGCACUAAAGUGGCAUCAUGUGCUCUGGACUGUGUGUUGUAUGUGUGUGAUAUUGAUACGGGCAUGACAUUAUUCAAAAAGGAACACUCGACCUGCUUGAUCUGUUUGAGCUGGUGCCAUGAAAAUGGAAUUCUCUACCUGGGUGAUAAUACGGGAUUGAUUUACGUGUGGAAUAUGAUGGCUGGCGAGCAGAAUUGCUCGGAAUCUGGCUUCAAUGGUCCGAUCACCAGCAUUACAUCCACGCUUGACCCAGAGAACAAGUGCAAAGUCAUCGCGGCUGGAGUCGAUGGCAAUGAAUUCCUGGUCAAAAGUUGGAUCAAUGAAUGAAUUCGUAGCACCGUCUAAAAAUUUUAGUUUCAAUUAUUUGUGUUUCUUUAAAUUGGACCCAUUCAAUUUGAGAGAGUCUCGACAUAUUUGUAUAUAAUUUGUAUUUUUAAUUAGAAAAAAUAUUGAAAAUAAAAAAACAGAUUUUAAAACUAUUGGAA